UGAAAAAGAUAUCCAAAAAAUAAAAAACAAAAAGUACUACUCCUUGCUCUCUCUUUCUUGCUUUUUCUCUCUCUCUCUUUAACUUUACUACACAGUUUUAAUUUACAACAAAAAUAACAAAAAAGAAAACGCCUGUGGACAAUCAAUUUAAAUUUUCAAACUUUUUCCUCACGCUGCCUUUUACACUUACCUUUUCUUUGUCACACAAGCACUAAUCCAACUCUACAAAGUUACCGACGCUCGUACGGUCACUAUUCUCCGGCGAUGUCUUCCAUCACUCCUCCACCAAUAGAUAUACGACUGGAGAAAGAGCAAGAAGAAAAGAAACAAAAGGGAAAGGAGAAAGCAGAGGCUUGUCCCCACACAAUCAUCAAGGUAGCUCGUGAUGAAGACCUCGGUGAACAAAUUGGGAAGGAGAUUUAUUUUGAUCUCGUGGACCAUGAUAAAGUGCGUACUUUUCAUAUUCAGAAACAGAUGCCAUUUACACAAUUCAAGCAGAUGAGAUAAACAUAUGUC